UGUAACAUAUCCUUUAGUUGAAAGCAUUGGAGAAGAGACUGCAUGAGCACUAUAACCUUCAUAAAGACAACAUUUUCUAAUUAUGAAAGUUUUCAUGAAUAGCAUAUUUAUCGUCCGAUUGGUAACACAUUUGGCACGGAAAACACUCACCAAAUCAUAGUUUGUUUCUUCACUACAUGUGAAUAUCUGUGGAUUAUAGCGCAUUGGUAAUAAUAUCCCGCGCGAUUUUGUACAGUGUAUGUUAGGGGUCAUUGUGUGUUGUAGUGUGUUGAUUUUACAUAUAUAAUGUCUAGUGAACCAGGUUCUCCAGUGUCAGAAUGGGGCAUUCGCCCUGAAGCAAUAACAUCUCCAGCUCCGGAUAUGGAGCCAUUUGAAGAUGAGAGUGAAAUUUUUGGAGGAGAUGCACAAAGUGAUGGAAGGCAUGCUGAUGAGGAGGAAGAAGAUGGAGAAGAACUAUUUGGAGAUAACUUGGAGGCGGACUAUCGUCCAAUGCCAGCUCUGGAUCGAUAUGAGCCUGAUGUAUUGGAUGAUGAAGAAUAUGAUGACAUUUCCCAGACUGAGCGAGCAGCAGCUGAGGCAGUCAUGAGGCGGAGGGACAGAGAGGAAGAAAUUCUUACUCGGCGUGGUGAUUUGGAACUUAUUUAUGAGGACAGUGAUGAAGAAGAAGCACCGAGAAGAAAACGACAGAGGGCUGAAAAAGCAGCUGCUGGUGAUCUGGAUGAGGAAAUGAUUGAAUCCAUUGAGAAUCUGGAAGAUACAAAAGGUCACACAAUAAAAGAAUGGGUUUCUAUGCUGGGACCUCGCACUGAAAUUGCAAAUCGUUUCAAAAGUUUCUUGAGAAACUACGUGAACUCAAAGGGUCAUUAUUUGUACAAGGAGCGAAUACGACGUAUGUGUGAAAGCAACAGGUCAAGUUUUGUGGUGGAGUUUCCCAUCUUAGCAUCCAAAGAGCAGGUGCUUGCCUUCUUUCUGCCAGAGGCACCAUUUGAAAUGCUUGCCAUAUUUGAUGAGGUAGCCACACAGCUUGUACUCAGCAUUUUCCCAAGCUAUGACCGUGUUACAACAGACAUUCAUGUCCGCAUCUCUGACUUGCCUCUUGUGGAAGAAUUACGUACAUUCAGAAAGAUUCAUUUGAACCAGUUUGUUCGCACAACUGGUGUGGUGACAGCUACAACAGGUGUUCUUCCACAGCUUUCAGUUGUCAAGUAUGACUGUAACAAAUGUGGUUAUGUGUUGGGCCCAUUUGUUCAGUCUCAGAAUGCUGAAGUAAAGCCAGGCUCUUGCCCUGAGUGCCAAAGCAAUGGUCCUUUCAUGAUUAACAUGGAGCAAACAGUGUAUCGCAAUUACCAGAAAAUUACUCUGCAAGAAUCUCCAGGCCGUAUCCCAGCAGGACGAAUUCCUCGUUCCAAGGAUAUUAUCAUGCUGGCAGACCUUUGUGAUCGCUGCAAACCUGGUGAUGAGAUUGAUGUGACAGGAAUCUACACCAACAACUAUGAUGGAUCCUUGAACACUGAACAGGGUUUCCCUGUCUUCUCAACUGUUAUAAUGGCCAACCACUUGAUAGUAAAGGACUGUAAGCAGAUAGUACAGUCACUGACUGAUGAGGAUGUUGCUGCCAUUACUCGACUCUCAAAGGAUUACAGGAUUGGAGAGCGAAUUGUAGCCAGUAUUGGUCCUUCCAUAUAUGGCCAUGAGUACAUCAAGAGGGGCAUUGCAUUAGCUCUUUUUGGUGGAGAGUCUAAGAAUCCUGGCCAGAAACACAAGGUGCGUGGCGAUAUCAAUGUACUCAUCUGUGGUGACCCUGGCACAGCCAAAUCGCAGUUUCUCAAGUAUGUUGAAAAGAUAGCUCCUCGGGCUGUGUUUACGACUGGUCAAGGAGCAUCUGCUGUUGGUUUGACAGCUUAUGUGAAACGCAGCCCAGCUACAAGGGAGUGGACUUUGGAAGCUGGAGCAUUGGUGCUGGCUGACCAGGGUGUUUGCCUCAUAGAUGAGUUUGACAAGAUGAAUGAUCAGGAUCGGACAUCAAUCCAUGAAGCUAUGGAACAGCAGUCCAUAUCAAUCUCAAAAGCUGGAAUUGUGACAUCACUGCAGGCUCGGUGUUCAGUUAUUGCUGCUUCUAACCCCAUUGGUGGUCGCUAUGAUGCUAGCAUGACGUUCUCAGAAAAUGUAAACUUGUCAGAACCAGUUCUCUCAAGAUUUGAUGUGCUGUGUGUUGUACGAGAUGAAGUGGAUCCAAUGCAAGAUCAACACUUGGCACAGUUUGUGGUGGCAUCACAUGUGAAACAUCAUCCUAACAGGGGUAACCAUCAAGAUGAGAUGCCUGUUGAUCCAGCACUUGGUGAUGUGCAGCCUAUUCCUCAGGAGUUACUUAAAAAGUACAUUGUUUAUGCUCGUGAGAAUGUGCAUCCGAAACUGCAGCGCAUGGAUCAGGAUAAGGUGGCAAAGAUGUACAGUCAACUGCGCCAAGAAUCUCUUGCAACUGGCAGUCUACCCAUCACAGUUCGACAUAUUGAGAGUAUGAUUCGAAUGGCUGAGGCCAGUGCACGCAUUCACUUGCGAGAUUAUGUACAGGAAGAUGAUGUGAACAUGGCUAUCCGUAUGAUGUUGGAAAGUUUUGUUGAGACACAAAAGUAUAGUGUCAUGAAAUCAAUGAAAAGUACCUUCCAGAAGUACCUGUCCUUUAAGAAAGACAACAGUGAGUUACUAUUCUACAUCUUACGGCAGAUGGCUUUGGAUCAGCUGACAUAUAUCCGUUGUGUACAGGGACCAGAUGCAGCAGUUGUUGAAAUCAGUGAGAAGGAUCUUAUUGAUCGAGCAAGGCUGAUUGAUAUCCAUGAUGUGAAGCCAUUCUAUGAGAGCAAGAUCUUCAAGUCAAACAACUAUAUGUAUGAUGUACGCCGGAAGAUGAUAGUGCAGACAGUACCUGAAGCAGCCACACCUGAGAACUAGGAUAAAACAGUUACUGAAGUGUAGUACAAGGGAAAGCAUUGAAGUGUGUCCCACUUUUGUGUCUGCCAAACUUUGGGUAGCUAGUUAUUGAUUUAUUUCAAAUGAAAAAUGAUCCGUCAAUAUAGGUUGAAAUCUCAACUGUUUGAUAGUUGCGAUGAACAGAAAGUAAGGAAAGUUGAAGAAACACACAGAUUAAGUUAAAUUAUUUUAAUUGUAGAAAUGAGUCAGCUACAUAGGAACUGUAUUCUUCUUACUCUACGCAAGGUACUUUGUGACAAUACUCAUACUUAAGUGACUUUCUGUUUGAAAUGAUCUGCAUUGGCUAUUCAUAAGUGAGCUCAUUUUAGAACGGCACAUGUUGCUCUCUGUUUGCUUUCAUGAUGGUUCUAUAUGAGAACUGAACUAUACAUGAGGUGCUGUAAGAGUUCAUUUUGUGUCUGUGAGUUUUGAGAACAGAGUGGCCAGGCAUGUAGACCUUAAUGAUGAAUCAAAAGAUUUCCAUAGUGGCAAUUCAAGUCCUGUGUGACUUGACCAAAAUGAGGUAGAGCAUUGUCAUGUUGCAGCCACAUGUUUAAUCUGACUUGGAAACGGAAGUCUUUCAAAGGAAGUGGUCACUUUCCCUGUAUUAAAUGUAGGUAGUAGUUAAUCAUCCCUCAGAAACAAAUUGACUCAGUUUGGUGGUUGUUAAUAAGACCAUGCCACAUGUGCAAGUGCUCUAAAAGAAAGGGGAACUCAGGACAGAGGGAUAAUGGGAAUAGAUGUUUCAGAUAACUACAUAAUGGUUUGGAUUUCAGCCCAUGUUGAUACAGCAUUUUUCACCCAGAAUAAGGCAAUGAAUAACCACCUGAAGUUUGGCAAAUGUUUUGAGGGACACUGUAUAUACUUUAGAUCAAGUUAUAUCAUGAUCAAUGAAUCACCUGUGCACAAUUCUACACCAUAGACUUGUAAAAUGGAAAUGAAGAGGAGGAAGAGAAGUUUUAUUAAACCUUUAUGAUCUUAGUUGGACUGCAUAUCUAUGCAUAUUAUUGAUACUGGACUACAAAAUUGCUGAUAAUUAUACAAUGUUAAAUUAUAAUUUAACAUUGUAUAACUUACCUCUGCCUCAGUGUAAAUAGUCUUGUCAUAGAUUUGAUUUUCUUUUUUAUGAUAAAUUGCUCAAAAUAAAUUGUAAAACCUUUUCCAUAUGAAUUGUUUAUGUGCAGUGAAAAGUAGAUGCUUAAAGUUUCUUUAUGUAGUAGGGAUCCCUUAAAGUAUUUUUCAUUGAAAUCUUGAGAUCACUGUCUUUCUUUGUGCUACCUGUAUGUGAGAAAGUGUAAGGCAUGUGUCUGGGUGAUCACUCAGAACUUCUCUUAGCCAGCAUCAUUAAUUCCAGUGCAUAAGCAUUGGAAUUAAUGAGAUGGUUAUAAGAGCAGUUGAUUUUUAACUUCUGCUCAGUUUAUAACCUAAAUAUAUUAUUUGAGGCCAAAAGAUGUGUUAACUUGCUGUUGGGUUUUAAGAAUUUAAACCAUAUGUUAAGGAGUUGAAAAGUUGUUGCACAUGAAAUUGAAUUUUAUGGGACUGAGGUGUAAAGAUUGUAUAAAGUUAUAAUAAACAUGUAGAUUUUUAAAACCAUUCCUCAUUGUCAUGGUUUUAUUCAUACCAACCUUGAAUUAUUGUAACUCUUUAAAUUCAUGUGUUUAUUUUGAUAAUGGUAGUCAAAUAUGUUUUUAUAGGUGAGUACCAAGUAUUUAAAAAUAAUGACUGCAUACAGUAUAAAGUAUAAUCUUUAUUUUGCAAAUGUAAGAUUAUCCUUCUGCAUACCUGAAUUUUUGAAGGGACUUAACAUUUUGUUUGGUAUUUUACACACAUGGUGGAGAGUAGUAGGCAGUAAAGUGACUUGUAAAUUUCAGUAUGUGUGUGUGUUUUAUUUUAUUUUAUUGAAAGCAUUAGCUUGACUUUGAGUUCUUGCAUUAUUGCUGAGAGCCUUGAUAAGUUUUAGAUUUUUUGCUUUCAUUGAAAAUCAGAAUUAUGAGCUCUGUUAUUAUUAAAGUUGUUAGCCUAAGAAAGUCAGUAAUGGUCCCUUGCAUUGUUCAUUUAUAUGGCCUUUUAUUUCACACAAUGUUGCAUAAAAAGGUUAUAAAAUUUUGAGCAGGCUGUUGACCAUAGAUUGUAGAUAUAACCUAGAAAUAUGUAAUAAUAGAUGUGCAAAUUUAUUUUUAUAUGUCUGAAAUGUGUAAGUGUUUAAAACAUUGUAGAAUACAAAUAUAAAUAUAUAAUUUUUCAGAA